AUCUAUCUUAAGAAAUCAGAUUGUCACAUUUGUGGCAGGACUGACAGACUUUGUACAGCGCUACAGAAUAUAUUGGUGCUUUAUCAGCAACAAACCAUAAGUCAAUAGACUUAAAGGGGUACUCCGGUGGACAACUAUUAUUUAUUUAUUUAUUUUUUACAAAUCAACUGGUGCCAGAAAUUUAUACAGACGUCCUACCUAGCCUGCCAUAGCUUGCUAUACGGACCAUCCAUUCAUUCAAGCACACUAACGCAUCAUCAGCGAGCGAAUCUCACCACGAGGAUUCACACAGAGACGCCACAUCAGCGGAGCUUGUCUGUUUACCGACAGACUCCUCUGUACAUCGCCAGCCUGCUGCUGACACCAGGACAUCAGGAUUGAUGUGGUGAGGACUUCCCUGACACCAGAGUGGGUAACCAUGCUUAUUACUAGAGUUUUACAACCGUCAUAUUUCAAUCCUUCCAAAGUUUCUUCAGUUUGGAAACUACGCUUAUUCCAGCGGAGCUCAAUAGGAUGGGGCCAUGCUGCCACAUGUGGAUACAAGGCGGUUGUUUUUGACAUGGGAGGUGUACUUCUUCCAUCACCCUACAGACUGGCUGAAGAUUGGGAGAUCCGUAAUAAUGUGCCAAAUGGCACCAUAAUAGAAGCUAUUCAAACCGGUGGAGACAGAGGACCCUGGAUGAAGUACAUGAGAGGAGAGCUGUCUGCACUAGGUUUUGUGAACGAAUUUGGAAUCCUCUGCUCAAAUAUUACAGGACGUCCCGUUCCAGUUCACAGUUUCCUCACAGACCUUACCAGCAAGGAGAUGGUUAAGCAGCUAUCAGAAAUGACUGAGGCUAUUCAGUGUAUAAAAGCUGAGGGACUCAAAACUGCUGUGCUGAGUAACAACUUCUUUCUGCAUAGUGGAGAGAGUUUUCUACCAAUAGACCGUUCACAGUUCGAUGUGGUUGUUGAGUCUUGCAUUGAAGGUAUAUGUAAACCAGACCCUCGCAUAUACCACCUUUGUGCAAAGCGUCUUGGUGUUCAGCCUACGGAGGCAAUCUUUCUCGAUGAUAUAGGACAAAAUUUAAAGGCUGCAGCACAAGUGGGCUUUCAUACAAUAAAGGUGAAUAAUGUGAAGGAUGCACUUAAAGAUUUAGAAAGUCGGUUGGGAUUCCCUUUAAAAGACUUUGUUCCAAACACUCGUUCUGUGAGACCAACGAUGGAUAUUCCAAGAGAUUCUCUGACAAAGUAUCUUGAAGAUAUAUUUGGGGAGAAAUUAUCAGGUGCACUCUCUGUGAGACAGUUCAGUCAUGGACAGUCCAACCCAACCUAUUAUGUUCUGUUUAAUGGAAGACAACUUGUACUGCGCAAAAAACCUCCAGGAAAGUUGCUGCCUGCAGCUCAUGCUGUAGAGAGGGAGUAUAGGAUCUUGAAAGCCCUUGGGGAAGCUGGUGUACCUGUACCAAAGGUGUUCAACCUCUGUGAAGAUUCUGGUAUUAUUGGAACUCCUUUUUAUCUGAUGCAGUACUUCACCGGACGUAUCUUUAAAGAUCCUGCCCUACCAGGGUUGGAUGCUGAACAGCGCCAUGCAAUAUACACUGAAAUGAAUAAAGUAUUAUGCAAGAUUCACAGUGUAGAUAUCAAGGCAGCUCAGCUUGAGGAUUAUGGAAAACAAGGUUCAUAUAUUCAACGGCAAGUUCAGAUAUGGACCAAGCAGUACAGAUCUAGUGAGACCCAUACAAUCCCAGCCAUGGAAAGACUUAUGGAAUGGCUCCCACAUCAUCUACCACCCAACCAGAUCACCACUGUUGUACAUGGAGAUUUUAGGUUGGAUAACUUAAUAUUUCAUCCAGAGAAGGUGGAAGUUCUUGGUGUUCUGGAUUGGGAACUGUCUACCCUAGGGGAUCCCUUGUCAGAUGUUGCUUACAGUUGUUUGGCUCAUUAUUUGCCACCAGACCUCCCUAUUCAAAAAGGUCUACAAAAUUAUGAUCUAAAAGAGUUGGGAAUUCCUACAGCAGAAGAAUAUUUUCAGUGGUACUGUGAAAACAUGGGAAUCCCUAAGGCUGAGAAUUGGUACUUCUACAUGGCUUUCUCAUUUUUCCGAAUUGCGGCAAUCUUGCAAGGUGUAUAUAAGAGAUCUCUCACAGGUCAAGCUAGUUCUGCAAAUGCAGGAGCUAGUGGUAAAUUAUCAGAAACCAUGGCAGACAUAGCCUGGGAUUUUGCAACAAAAGAAGGUUUUCGAGUGUUCAAAUCUGAAUCUGGAGGCCUAUCCCAAAAUCCACAAAAAAGAUCAUACAGUACAUGGUGUCGGGCGCACAAUUUAAGACCUCUUGACAACAGAACCAUUGCUCAUAAAGCCUCCCUGCACUCGGAUAGGAGAGGUGUUCUGAUCAUCAGCCCUGAAGGACUUUCCGCAGAGACCCAAAACCUCUACAGAAUGUUAAAGGAAUUUAUGGAACUCCAUAUCUACCCUGCUGAGCAAGAACUGAGAAACUAUCAAUUUUCUAAGAACAGAUGGAAACCACACCAACUGAUCGAAGACCUUAAGGAAAAAGCUAAGGCCCAAGGGUUAUGGAAUCUUUUCCUUCCGCUGGAGAGUGAUCCAGAGGGCAAGUAUGGUACCAAGCUGACAAAUAUGGAAUAUGCUCAUCUAUGUGAGAUUAUGGGGACAUCUCUUUAUGCACCAGAGAUAUUUAAUUGCGCGGCCCCAGACACUGGAAACAUGGAGGUGCUAGUUCGGUAUGGAACAGAAGAACAGAAGGAACAAUGGUUGAAGCCUUUAUUAGAAGGGAACAUCAGGUCGUGUUUUGCGAUGACAGAGCCACAGGUUGCCUCUUCUGAUGCUACCAACAUUGAAUCAUCAAUUGUGGAAGAUGGAAAUUCGUACAUUAUUAAUGGACAUAAGUGGUGGACAUCUGGUGCACUUGAUCCACGCUGUAAAAUAUGUAUCUUUAUGGGAAAGACCGAUCCAGAUGCUCCUCGUCAUAAACAGCAGACAAUGAUCUUGGUUCCAAUGGACACACCUGGAGUAAAAGUUCUGAGGCCUCUCACUGUCUAUGGAUUGGAUGAUGCUCCAGCUGGACAUGGAGAAUUGCGCUUUGACAAUGUGCGAGUGCCUAAGAAGAAUAUACUACUGGGAAGAGGAAGAGGAUUUGAAAUUGCACAGGGCAGACUGGGUCCAGGAAGAAUACAUCAUUGUAUGAGGCUUAUUGGAAAUGCAGAAAGGUCCUUGUCUCUAAUGAAAGAAAGAGUAAAAUCAAGAAUGGCUUUUGGCAAACCAUUGGCUGAACAAGGGACUAUCUUGGCAGAUAUUGCCAAAUCCAGAGCUGAGAUUGAUCAAGCAAGGCUGUUGGUGCUUAAAGCUGCCCAUCUUAUGGAUACUGUAGGCAAUAAGGAAGCUGCUUUAGAUAUUGCUUUGAUUAAAAUGGUCGCACCGGCUAUGGCUCAAAAUGUUGUUGACAGAGCAAUUCAGGCUUUUGGAGCUGCUGGACUAAGUAAUGACUUUCCACUUGCACAGUUUCAUGCCUGGGCACGGGCCCUGCGCUUGGCUGAUGGACCUGAUGAAGUUCACCGAGCAACUGUGGCCAAAAUAGAAAUGAAACAUUAGUAUCCAUAUUUAGUUAUGAAAUAAUACGACCAGUUUGUCUUAUUCAUUAAAAAUCACUACAAUAAUUGAUGGAAGGUUACGAAUCAAUGCACAGUGUUACCUGGUCAUAAACCAUGCAUAGUACAGAAAGUCAUAAAGACUGUUGUGUUUUAGGAUAUGCACAUGUACACUGAUUGGAGAGAGGGAACUUUAUUUAGAUGUUUGUGCUUUUAAGUAUGCGUGUUCCAACAUUGAUGAAUUACUUAAUAAAAAGGGCUGUGGACUCUACCCCCUCAACAUAAAAGACUGACAAAAUCACUGGACAGACUGGAGGAAAGUCACCAGUUGUUAUAAGUUGUCUACAAGUUUCAGGACAUUUGGUAACCCUGAUAAUAGGUAGUUUAAAAAUAGUAAAGAUUCUCCCAUACCUUGAAGAAUUGUGAAGAUAAAGAUUUUGAAGACUACAUGGCUUAAACUGGUGCCAGAAAGUUAAACAGAUUUGUAAAUGACUUCUAAUUAAUUAAUCCUUCCAGUACUUCUUAGCAGCUGUAUACUACAAAGGAAAUUCUUUUCUUUUUGAAUUUCUUUUUUGUCUGUCCACAGUGCU